CCCCAGCCAUGGUCCUCACCGGUCCCUCUACUCCCGCCCCGAGCUCCCAGGCCAGGCUUCGGUUUCAUGUCAGCAGCCUUCAUCUGCCUUCCAAAAAUAAGCCCCUGCCGCCAUGCAGAGGGGAGGAAGGCAAGAAGGGCGGUAUUUUUAGGGCCAUUAAUUCUGACCACGUGCCUGCUGGGCAAGGUGGCCGGCCCGCAGCUGAGGCUGCUCGGCACUAUGUCCCCUGGAGCGGGCAGGCUGCGGGUGCUUGUGCUGCUGACCGUGCUGGCUGGCCUAGUGCUGUCCUCGCCCACUGGCCCCCGCGCCAACGCCACGCUGCUGGGCACCCUGCUGGCCAGGUCCCGCUCCGGGCUGGCCGGAGACCUGGCCGUGCUCGGCUGGGAGAGCGGCUACCUGCUGGGCAUCAAGCGGCAGCGCAGGCUCUACUGCAACGUGGGCAUCGGCUUCCACCUGCAGGUGUCCCCCGAGGGCCGGGUCAGCGGGACCCACGACGAGAGCCCCUACAGCCUGCUGGAGAUCUCCACUGUGGAGCGUGGUGUGGUGAGUCUCUUUGGAGUGAGGAGUGCCCUCUUUGUCGCCAUGAACAGUAAAGGAAGGCUGUACGCCACGCCCAGCUUCCAGGUGGAGUGCAGGUUCCGGGAGACUUUGCUGCCCAACAACUACAACGCCUAUGAGUCGGAUGUGCACAGAGGAGCCUACAUUGCGCUGAGCAAACACGGACGGGUCAAGCGGGGCAGUAAGGUGUCCCCCACCAUGACUGUCACCCACUUUCUCCCCAGGAUGUGACAGCUCUGAGGCCUCUCCGAACAGGAUUUUGCACAUGUGAAUGGUUUCCCCAACUCACUUUGCUCCCAUGACUCUGAAGACAGGCAGCUCCUGAAAUAUGGGGAGACCUGGGCAGAGCCCCAGGGAGCCCCUCCUUAGACCCCAUGGCAGGUGGCCCACACAGGUGAGGGAGGUACAGCCGGCAUCUUGGGUGGCAGUGGAUCACACACACUGAGCUCACCUGCGGCAUGUGAGCCUGUCCCCUGGAAGGGCCAGGCUGGCAGCCUGUGUGUAUGGAUGUGCGUGUCGACCUCUGCGGGUGCCGUCAGAGCAGACGACUUCUUCAAGCAACCAGUGUUUUGCUCCCAGCAUCCUCACUGGGGGAAUCUGCCAGCAGCAACCCCACUUGUCAAGCCAGCAGGAUCAAUGUGACACCCCUCUCCCUCCACCAAUCAUCUCUCCACCUGGAGACCACCAGCUGCCCUGGGGUGCCAGGGAGGUGGGGUGCAGCUGUAUUCCAUGUGGAUGAGGCAGGGGCAGCGAGGGAGAGAGAGAGAGAGAGAAGACAACAGGCCAGAGAGAAAUCAGGCAGCCAUUUCAAACUCAGCUCCUUCCCUGGUGCUGGGGACACAUCAUCAAGGAAAAUGGGCUCCCCUCUGGGAGGAAAGGGAUGGGGGGGCUAACCUGCUAGAGGUAAAGAGGGACCUGCAUGGCCUGGGGAGAACCAUCUUCCCUCUGAGCUUCAUGACUGCCGAGGAGAUGGGAAGGAAGGUUCCCAAGAACAAGCCAGGGUCAGGCUGUCUGCCCAGAGCUUCCCCUCACUUUGAACCGGAUCUUAUUUUAACCUCAGAUGACAAGGAUCCUAAUAAUGACAGCCUCCUUGGCCAGUGCUGAGGAAGUACGGAACCAGGCACGAAGGAAGUAGAGAGGUUUUGGAUUCCAGAUGAUAAUUCCUCUCCAGCUACAUCCAGGAACCUCACCCAGCUUCUCACCUGAUACCCUCACUUCCUCCUCAGGUGCCCUCCCCUUGCAUGUACCCCAACUUCUGGGCCUGGCCCCCCUAUAGGAAAGCUGAAGAGUGAUAAUCCUUGGAACCCAAGAAGCCAAGCUGAAGUGGCUCCUGGAUGUCCAGUGUCUUCCUGACUCCCCUCCUGUCCUGGGAGGGUAUUUUAAGCAGAGGUUCCCCGAAUGACUAUAAAUCCUGCCUUGCCUGCAGCCUUGGGAUUCCUGAAGCAUUGGAACGUUCCUAAACCUGAAAUCGGAGAGAGCCAUGCCAUUGUGCAAAUAUUUUUGGCCUGUGAACCACAGGACUGUGGCACGGCCCCAGAGCCCUCUGUGACUUUUAGGGGGGAAAGGGGGGCUGCCUGCAAGACAGUCCCCCAACUGCUGUGACAGCCUCCUUCUUCUCCACAUGCCUCUCUAUAGAUAGGUCCUGGUUGCCUCCUCUCUCCAGGGGGCUGGUGAGGAGGGAAAGGCCACCCCCAGGUGAGUGGAGACUGGAUGGACAGAGCUCAGGGUCCAGAGUGGACACGGUCAUGCCUUGGCUAGAACUGAAAUAAGCCUGUGAGCUUGUGGUGAAAAUGGAAGGAGGAGGAGAAUUUGCUCCAUUUUGAUGGUGUGGAGUAUUCCAGGUGCAGGGCUGUUUGUAGGCAGUGGGCAAAGCCAAUGGUGUCUUGGGAAGUCUGGCCUAGAGUACGUACCAUGUUCCCUUGGACUGGAGAAAUAGCUCACCUGGAGAGUACAAUGCUUAGCUGUUCUCUCUCUCUCUCCUUCCGUCUGUCUCUGUCUUAAAAGGAAGGAAGAGGAGGGAAAAAAAGAGAAACUGGUGUCCUCAGAACACCACUAAACCUGGUUGGGGGUCAAGAAGGCUGGAGAGAGAGAGGGACUGGGAAGUGGGUAGGAGAAAAGAAACCUGAGAUCCCAGAGUGUUUAUUCCUUCCUCCCUAUAUCUCUGAGCUAGGUUGGCAUGAGAGUGGACACUCUCUAGAAGCUCAUAAUAGUGAUCAGAACCUGGCUGGGCCUUACCCUUAGUGCUUACUCCCAGUUUUCCUGGUAGAGUGAGAAGGA